CCGUCAAACUUCUUCCUCUUUCUUCUUCUUUCUCGUCUAGAAAAUCCGAAGGUGGGGGUGAAACCGGGGAGGCGGAAAGAAAUCUCUUUGUCUCCGUGGAAAAUCGGAAGGUGGGGAGGAAAGAAUCUCGGGCUCUUUCCUGCGUUUGGCGUUGCGGAACACGAAGGAUCGUGUUUUGACUUUCUUUCUUCGUCCUCCUAUUCUUCUUUCCUUCGUGGUUCUUUAAUCUACGGGAGAUUUCUCAUCUCCUGCCUGAAUUUUUUGAAGACCAAUACUCGUUGAUUCAGCAGGCCCAGAAAAGUCGAUCCCCAGUUUCCCUCUGGAAAUUCUUGGCAUGGGGAAGAACCCCGUGUGGAAAAUCAUAUGCCCUGAUUUUAGAUGUUUUGCGAUUGAGAGGGGAUUCGUCCGUCUUUCCGUUGUUUGUGGGGGAUCGCUGACGUCGUCAGACUGAUACUACUCUCUCUCUCUCUCUCUCUCUCUCUCUCUCUUUCUCUGCGAUUUGGGGGAAGCAGAUUCCGAAUAGUGCAUGAGAUUCUCAAUAUUUGAGAGUAUUUGUUCGUUGCUUGAGUUGGGUUCUGAAAAUUUUGGUGAAUUUGGAGUUUUUCUAAGUUGGGACGUCUUGAUUUUGUGCAUCAGAGGUAUGGCUUGUUUGCAAGAUCAUCGUCGUACGACUUUGCAAGGUGGGUAUUACGAUACCCGGAUAUCUUUCCAAGGAGGCUAUCACGAUCCUCGUCCUUCUUUGCAAGAGAGGUAUCAGAGCGUGCAAUCAUCGUCGUUUAAUGGAGGUGUAACGGCGACUAGAAAUUAUAGCAGUGUACAUGAUCUAACGAGGAAGUUUCGGGAUUUUGGUAAUGAAAAUGGACAAGUUGGUGUGCCUCCAGCAUUUAAGAGGCACAAGAACUGCGCGAAUGAGAAUUCAUCUGCUGAGAAUCAUCAGUUCAAUUCCCGUACUGGAGAUUUCCCGAGAGGUCAACGUCUUCGGACUGACGCCGUUGGCAGUUCGGCUGCUGUAAUGGCUACGAAUGAUGGCCAUCGAUGUGUUCCGCCGUCAACGAGCUAUAGAUUCAUCGAUCUCGGGGGAGCAGAAGAUAGCAAUGCCAGAUUUUGUAGCUUUGGUUAUGACACUAUAAGCUCUUCAGAUACUGUUUUGACGGUUGAGAAUUGUUGCGAACCUUCAGAAGGUUUCAUGUCCAGGGAAGAGCUUGAACGGUGUUCUCCUUCAAGGAAAGAUGGCAUCGAUUCAAAUAGGGAAACAUAUUUGAGAUAUUCAUAUUGUUCUUUCCUUCAAAAUCUUGGACUGCGGCUGGAAUUGCCUCAAACCACAAUUGGAACUGCAAUCAUCCUUUGCCAUCGGUUCUUUGUUCAUCGUUCUCAUGCCUGCCAUGACCGAUUUUUAAUUGCUACAGCUUCUCUUUUCUUAGCGGCAAAGUCUGAGGAGACUCCUUGCCCUUUGAACACUGUGCUGAAGGCAGCAUUUGAAAUUUGCCAUAAACAGGGUCUUUCUCUCCCUCCUUAUUUACUUUCUCUUGACUGGUUCGAAGAGUAUAGGGAACGUGUUAUUGGCGCUGAGCACAUAAUAUUGACAACUCUGGAUUUUGAACUUGGUGUUCAACAUCCAUAUGGUCCUCUCACUUCUGUCCUUAAUAAAUUAGGACUUACAAAAUCUGUCCUACUGAAUCUGGCUUUGGACUUGGUCAAUGAAGGAUUGCUUGGUGGUCGAAGACAACCCAUUUUCAAUGUGCUACAUUGUCCUUCCGCUGUUCAAUGUUGGCUAGAUAAUCUAUGUUGCACCUGUUACUGAGUGAAGCUAUUGAAGGCAUAGUUAUGGCUAACUAUUGUUACUUGUCAACUUGCUGGAUGAUAGAGAAAAGAAGAUGAUUGCUAUUAUUGAAUAGAUCUUAAGAUUCAUUGCACCUAAACUUCGUCUAGUUUCUUUCAAACAACAUGUUGUUUUGUAACUUUAAGAUUAACUUGUAGAAGUUUUUCCAAAUUGUGAGAAAAAAGAAGGAUAUUUUUCAAGUCUUGGAAGGUGGAGCAAGUAUCUAGAUGUGAAAUGGUACUUGAUUGGCACCAGUAUGCUCCGGUCUUAGUCUCAUUUAGCAAUUGGCUUGGUCAAUCCAAGAUGUUUGAGACUUGAGUUGUUAGUUGGUCAAGCGGGUAGAUUAGUGGUCAGCUAAAAGGGAAAAGUGCCAAGAAAAAUGAUAGUUAAUCCUUUCCAAAAAAAAGGGUACCAUAAGGGAGAUUAGUUAAUAACAUAAUCACUGACUUUGCCCGAAGGUCUUAAAGGCUUCUACUUAUUGUUGAUAUACAAUUUGGAGGUUGACUGCUUUUCUUUAUCCCAUCUGGGCAAAUUUCUUAUGUGGCCAGCAGCCUUGAGUUGGUUCCUGGUUUGUCAUGCUUUUAUCAACAAGGUAUCUCUUGAGGUGAUAGAUGUAUUAUUUUCAUUGGACACAAUUGUGUUCCAUGGUCUGCAUUUUCCCUGGUAAAUAUAUCAGUAUGACCUUUUCUUAACCCUUCUAAUGACAUAAUCAUGCUAAUCGUUGUGUCAUAUGGCAUAGCAGUUGGUUAACUUGCCAGAAGUUGGUGAAAAUUUUGCCUUUUGUUUUUAAUGGAAUGUCAAGGAAGAUUCAAAGUGAUCCUAAUUUUUAGGAAAGCAUAACUGUUCUGUGAAGUAACUUAGCCUAUCUGGCUCUCCGUAGUCUAUAAUAGGGUGUUGUCAUUUCUGUGAAUGGCUCAUUCACAAGUAGUAAAUAUCAACUUCUCCCUGGUUACUGUGAAAAUCCACAAGACUGUAACAAGUUUAUAAAGGUAAACUGCUCCAUGUUGCAGGGAAGUUCUUGUCAAUGAAUUGUCUUUCAAUUCUAGAAAAUUGGUCUUUGUCAAUGCUGUUAUUCCCCUGUUCUGUUUUCUGUUCGAUUGCCGCUUCCAUGAUGGGCUCGGUUGGUUUAUAUACGUCCAAUUUGGUGUUCAGCAUGGUGUGAUUACUGGCAGAGCUUAUUGCAUGUGAUGUUUACUGGUGGAGGGCAUAUCUGAUAGAAGGGUUUCUAUCAUAAGAACAUAUGUAACAUGAAUGAAAUUGAAAUGUAGAUGUAGCUUAUGUCACAUGGACAUGGUUAGCACCUGCAUUGACAUGACAUGAUGUGGCUGUGGGUGUGGUUGCCACUUGGGUGUGGCAAAGUCCACAAGCAGGAGCAGGAGGAGGAGGAAGAGGAAGAGGAAGAGGAAGAGGAAGAAGAGUAAAGCAAGUACAGAGUCAAGAGGAAGGAAGAGGAAAAAAUAUCUGGUAGGGGCUGGUGAAGGGGAGUUAGCGGCAGCAAGGGAUUGACCAUGGGUGGAGGGAGAGGAGACAGUGCAUAUUGUUAGGGUUUGAUAUUUUUUGGUGUUUUGACUUUUAAACCUUUUUUCAUUACAAUUUCCAAAGAGGGGCUUACUUUACAAUUUACAAAAUGUUCCUUUCAACUUUUUAUACACAAUUGAGAUACACACUUUUCUCACCUGCACCUAAGCUUUUUAGAAAUGUUGUACCUGCAUCCACACCCACGUGAUAUAGGAUUGAGCCAAUUUCAUGAUAAGACAUCAAUCUUUCAAUUUCAAUAAAAUCGGACUCUUGUGGACGUCUUAAAUUUGUGUUUGUAGAAGGACAUGUCCAACGACCAAAAAGUAGAUUUUCCAGUUUGUGUUUGGUUUGUUCUACUUGGAGUCAAAGUUUAUAUCCUGGUUUGUUCAAUGAAUUUGCUUCCUUAGCAAGCUUUAAAUUUAACUUUGGUAAUUUAUGUCUUAAAAUAAGGAAGACUCUGCACGUUGGAAUAGUCAAUAAAAAUUUGCUUUUCCUGUGGAUUUGUUCAUUUAAAGUUUAAAAAUAAUCUUGUUGAUUUUAAGUCUAUCAACAAAAGGAGACACCAUCGGUUGAAAGGAAUAUCAUUCUGUGUUAAACUGUGCAUAUCUUUGCAAGCAUUGUUUUGUAUAUAUGCUCUAAUGCACUAGCAUUGUUUCUGAUUUAUCCAUUGAGAUUCUCUUAUUUGUUGCAACUUGCAACCAUGUGCUUUCAUAAUAUACCUCUCCUGAAACUUUUCAGUUUCCAAAUUCUUCCCUGCUAUCCCUUGUUUAUCUUGUUUUUUCAAUAAAAUUUGGCCGGCCGAUAUCCUUUUUUUGUAUGCUAUCUUAUUUGAAGUAUUUGACAAAAUUGGAAAAUCCUUUGUAUGUUGAUUAUGUGAAAACUUAUUGAUGUUCUGCCUGUUUUAGGUAGUUUAGGGAAAAAGAUUUUUAGGUUCAAAAUAGGAAUGAUGGUUUAUGUUAGAGUGAUAUGCUUAACUAUCCUAGUUAUUUGUUAAAUGGAAAAGAAUGAUGGUCAUGGUUGCUGGCUUCUUCAGUUUAGAGGGUUCUUAGUAUUUGCUCCAGAUAAGUGAAGCAUAAUCAUUUAACAGUAACAUCACCUCAGAGUUAUUCCUUGUCAGUUGAUAGGAGCGAUACUCUGAAUCAGGAUCAUGGGGAAGUACUUUUUGAUCAUUUUUACCAACUUCAAGCCCUUAUUUAUUUGAACUGCUGCAUUCUCGAGGUGGUCACAUUGAGAAUUGUGCCACUGCAUAGCCCUGUCCUAUGAAAGUAGCUUUUUAACUUUAAAUUAUGUUUUUUAUCGUGUUAUAUGCACCAUUGCCCUGUUUAUUUACUGUCCUAAGGCAUCUUCUCUACAAUUAGAAUGAGAACUCAAUUUAAGUGUAAUUCUUGGAAUGUGUUUAGACUUUUUUCUCAAGCUUCUUUGGAAAAAAAUCCUGUUCAAAGAUUAAAUCUAUAAUAUAGCUAAAUUUUUGUGAUUUCAUUCCAAAAUUUUGUCAACAGAAAGGUGAAAUACCAUAAUGUAAAUGAUAUAAUAUUUGACAUUUUGGACUGUUUCAUAUUUGUAAGGUUUUCACUUUUAGCAGUGUUCUUUUUGUAAGAGAAUAAAAUCUGGAGGUACUUCUGAAUAUGGUGCAAGGAAUCAUUGCCUGUCCUUUUUAUCCAUUGUUUUAUGAUCCUGUGCUUUAUUACGUGAACUUGAUCACUAGUGAUAAUAGUUAUUUGGUCUUAUUCCAGCUCCUCUUUCUCUUGCUGUCUCUCUCUGUAACAUAAAUAGGCAUGCUCGCCUGUUGCAUGAGUGCAGAGUGUGGAUGUGGGUGCAGGUCUGUUAUUUUACAAAAGGAUCUUGGGUGUGGGUGGUGUAUGUAUAUAUGUAAUUUAUGGUUAUGCGUUUGUUUCACCUUUCUCUCUAUAUAUAUGUGUACAAAUUACAAAUAUGAAACAAAAUUAACAAAUAUAUAACCAUAAAUUAUUGGUAACUGCAUCCACAUGGCACCUGGCAUGCACUCUACUCAGGAGUGGCAGCCUAUUUGCAGCACUGAUGUGAUAACAUGUGAUUGCACAUAAAAUAACAACUCCAUAGAACAUGGGAUUAGUGAUCCAUAGAUCAUUCUCUUUCUCUAAAUGGCGGCUUUUAUUUUGUUUUCCUUUACGUGGGCUCAGAAUUUCUCCUGUUUUUUACUAUUUGGUAUGAUCUAUUCUACCAAGGGCUAUGGUUAUUCCUCAUCUGUGUAAUAAGAUGUCAAAUCACUGACCUGGUCAGAUAAAGAUUGAUACUAGAGUCACUAGUCCCCAUUUUCUUUCCGGGUAUAUUUCUGUUGAAGCAUUUUCUUUGGGGAAAGCUUGGAAGCCUUAAAUUUGAAAAUAAAAUAAGGGCAAAAUAAUACAUUUUCUGGAAUUUUUCUUGGAAAAUAUGAAGAAACAAUGAAAAAGGGGAUUCUUUGCUUGUGCCACCUCAAAUUUGUCUUCUAAUGUACCAAGAUAUAGGAUCCAAAAACCAUAAAAAUCUGGUCUCUUGAUUAGAGUUUAUGAGUUGGACAUCCAAGAUCGGUAAUUUCAAAACCCUCGUAAAAUCGUUCCUACACAUUUGAUUUUCAUUUUUCUUUGAGUUAUAUAAAUUUGGAUAUUUUGUAUCCAUUAUAUGAUUAGAUUUGUGCAAAGCACCACGAACUGUACUGGGGAGCCAGGUGGUACAGUCGGCAAGAUAAAAGUGGGAAGGAUUAGUUGUCCAUGAGAAAGGUACUAAAAAAUGUUAGAAGAAACAAUUUCAAAAAUUCUUGCAUAAAUAGCACAAUAUUUUGCAUAUUUUAUGAUAUUUUUCAAUAUCAUGUUAUCUCUCCAAUGUUAUUGGCUCCAGCUAGUUGCUGAUGUCAUCAAGAUGUUUUCAAAAUAUUGCAGCAUCAAUGAGUAUGUCACUUGCCACCUUAAGAGGCAUUGGUUUUUCAAGUGGUUUAUUGUUUAUCCUUUUGGCACUGUCACUAACAUCUUAAAAUUGUCAUUUUGAAGCCAGUCACAAAUUUAGGGCUCGCCAAGUUUCAAAGGUAUUGAUGUCACGAUAACAACCUCAUGAGCAGCUUCAGUAUCCUUAUUCAGAUGCAUUUUCCGGGGCAUCUAUUUGCGGCACGCAGUUUCAAAAGAAUAGUGUUGUGCUAUAGGUUCACAAAUAUCAGCCUUAUAAGUGGCUUCAACUACCAUUAGUUGAUGUGUUUGAGGCUACUAGUUGUUGCACUUGUGUAUUGAUAGAUCCAUCCUGGUACUUAUGGUGGUGAACUGAAAGACUGUCAAGUUGAAGGUGGUCCAGGAGUUACAGUAUUUUGGGUGCAUCUCUUGGCAUAAUUUGCUAGGUGAGGUCAAGAGUUCAAUGCUUUUGAGUGCAUCUCUUGGCAUAAUGCUGAAAUAUCUAUGGCAGACCCCAGAAUUUCUAUUAAGAGAAAAAAAUGUACAUUCUUGAAAUUUAUAUAUAUGUAUAUAUAUUCAUAUAUAUGUAUAUAUAUAUAUAUAUAUAUAUAUAUGUAUGCAUGUAACUUAUGUUGGAGGUUCCAUGCGGAGAGGGUGAAUCCACUCUUGCUAAAUUCAAAGGCCAUCUUCUUGCCAUAAAUAUCUCCCAAGAUCCUUCGCUGAAACACUACAUUACAAAUGUUGGGUCUAAGAUCCAUUACAGGCCCCAAGGGCAUAUGAUGCCCUUAAACUGAUGUGAGAACUCAAGGAGCUCCAUGCUUCAACAUUGUAGUGCUUGCAACUUUUCUUCUGAGGCAUCAAUGGAAGAUGUGUUACCUGGAUGGCUGCAUCGGAUAGUUGGUAAGAAAGCUAGAUAGCGAGUACUUGUAGAUUUAUUUAUUGUUUUCUCAUUAGACAGAAUUUGCUUUGACUUUGAUAUGCAUCGUGAAGGAGAAGAAAUUUUUGUGAUUGCAGCAUUGUGCAGCUGCCCUGCAUGCUUUGUACUUGUUCUGUGUUACCUUUACUGCCUCUGUAAUCUGUGGUGUUCUGAUGUGCAAGCAGUUCAUUUUCGGCUAAUGGGUAUUAACUUGAUGGUGAUUAGGCUUCGAAGUUCCUUAUGGCUUCAGUUUAAACCACAUCAUAUUGCUGCUGGAGCCGUGUUUCUUGCGUCCAAAAUUCUUAAUAUAGACCUGUUUUCGAGUCAGAGUUUGUGGCAGGAGUUCCAGACCUCGCCGGCAAU